CUGACCAGGGGGGUCUGGAGGAAGAAAAAACAGACAUCGGUAGGGAAAACUUAUUCUAAACACUUUUUUGUUGAUUAUUUUUAUUUAACUUUGAUAUAAAACAUGGUUUUUAGUGGAACAUUUGUUAAAGUGGAAUUUUUCUUGCAUUUUUGGGGGGGUGUUUGAGUUAUUUAUUCAUCUCUUUCCUCUCUUUAUCAUAUUCAUGAGAAAGGAGUCCUCAUGCAAAUGCACAAAGAAACAGACCUGAGCACAGCCUGUUGCUGUGGCUGUCAGCGUGCACCCUUCGUGCGCGUGUGUGUCCGUGUGAGUGUGGGAGGGGUUUGCGGACUCACUGGCCGCCUCUAAUUAGCAGCGUGUGCCGGUAAUGUAACUCAGUGGAGCGACUGUACCAGGGCGCAAAGGAAUUCGGGGGCACUCCACCUGUGCGUGGUGACUUUGUCCGCCGGAGUUCUGAAUCCCAGGAGCGGUCCGGAUGCGCAGCGCGCCGCGCUCUGCUCUGCUGCUAAGCUGACAUUAGUUUAAGCCGAAAGUACAGUUUAAAAAAAAGAAAAAAAGAACUCUCUUCGGCGUCUCUGCUGCGAACUCUCCGGCGCGUAAAGUCUGUGCGCAGCGGGCCGGUUAGGACGCAUCGACUUGGUGCCGCCGCAGAGCUCUGAGGGCCCGCGGCUGCUGCGUAGCCAGUCCGACCUACAAGUCAGCGACAGGACUUAAAAGCCUGCUGCAAGGAUGAUGUCCUACAUAAAGCAACCCCAUUACACCAUGAACGGGUUAAAUUUGCCUGGUCCCGGGAUGGAUGUCCUUCAUACAACCGUCGCGUAUCCACCCACUCCCCGGAAGCAGCGCCGAGAGCGCACCACUUUCACCCGGACGCAGCUGGACAUCCUGGAGGCUCUCUUCUCCAAGACCCGCUACCCGGACAUCUUCAUGCGGGAGGAGGUGGCGCUCAAGAUCAACCUGCCCGAGUCACGUGUGCAGGUGUGGUUCAAAAACCGCCGUGCCAAAUGCCGCCAGCAGCAGCAGCAGAGCAGCGGCCAGUCCAAGCCCCGCCCCCCCAAGAAGAAGGCCUCCCCCGUGCAGGAGCCCAGCGCCCCUGAUCCGGUCCCUAACCCCCCAGGCUCCUACAGCCCGUCCUCGGCCCAGUCGGGCCCCAGCCUGGCCCCCAGCUCCAGCACUGGAAACACUGCGGUGUCCAUCUGGAGCCCGGCCAUCUCCCCCCUGCCCGACCCCCUGGCCUCCUCCUCUGCCCCCUGCAUGCAGAGGCCCUCCCCCUACCCCAUGAGCUAUGGCCAGCCAUCAGCCUACUCCCAGGGCUACGCCAGCACCACCUCCUACUUCACCGGCCUGGACUGCAGCGCCUACCUGUCCCCCAUGCACUCGCAGCUGUCGGGCACCGGCGGCGCGCUCAGCCCCAUCACCGUGCCCUCCAUGGGGGGCUCCCUGAGCCAGUCCCCCGCCUCGCUGUCCUCGCAGGGCUACAGCACCGCCUCCUCCCUGGGCUUCACCUCCGUUGACUGCCUGGACUACAAGGACCAGCAGGCCUGGAAACUGGGCUUCACCACAAUGGACUGCCUGGACCACAAGGACCAAAACUCCUGGAAAUUCCAGGUCCUCUAGUGGGGAAAGUGGGGUUGGGGU